AUGAGGAGAGCUGCAUUCCCGUCAGCUGUGCCUUCACUAGAAGACAAGAAACCAGUUAAAUCUGCUGUUAGCUGCUGUCCAGCGGGCUCCAAUUAUAGUGGCAGUGGUGUCCAUGGCACCCCACCCCUGAGCCACCAUAAGGCCGCCAUCCUUCUGACGCUGCAGUCACAGUCCUCCAGCCCUGGUGGAGACGAGGCAAGAGAUUGCCGGUGCUCAAGUCUCUUUUGUGUUCCCAGGAAUACCAGUGGGGGGUUUCUGAGCAUCGAUCCCACGGGCCCAGCCUGGGAAAGCACCUUCACGCCAAAGAAUGCAAGUGACCAGCCCUUUCUGCAAACCCCCAACGUGCAGACCGUGAUCACGGCCUCGCUGAGCCUCACAUUUGCCCUAGGUGGGCUGGCAGGAAACGUGAUCGUGCUCUGGUUCCUGGGCUUCCGCAUGCGGAGGAACGCCUUCUCCGUCUACAUCCUCAACCUGGCAGGAGCCGACUUCCUCUACCUCUCCUUCCAGACCGUAUAUUCCCUGGAGCAACUCGUCAACUUCCACUCCACGCCCCUCGCGAUCCCCAGCUUCUUCACCACCGUGUGGACCUUCGCCUACAUCGCGAGCCUGAGCAUUCUCAGUGCCAUUAGCCUGGAGCGCUGCCUGUCGGCCCUGUGUCCCAUCUGGUACCGCUGCCACCGCCCAAAACACACGUCAGCUGUGAUGUGCGCCCUGCUCUGGGCCCUGUCUCUGCUGCUCAGCAUCCUGGAGGGGCAGUACUGUGGCUUCCUGUUUCUGGAUUUGGACUAUGGUUGGUGUCGGGCAUUUGACUUCAUCACCGCCACCUGGCUCAUCUUCUUAUUUGUGCUUCUCUCUGGCUCCAGCCUGGCCCUGCUGACCAGACUGCUGUGCAGCUCCCAGCGGGUGCCGCUGACCAGGCUGUACGUGACCGUGGUCCUUACGGUACUGGCCUUCCUCCUCUGCGGCCUGCCCUUUGGCAUUCACUGGUUCCUCUUAUUUUGGAUUCAGACGAGGUCUCAUGUCAUCCUCUGGCAUCUUUAUCUGGUUGCGCUUGUCCUGUCCUGUGUCAACAGCUGUGCCAACCCCGUCAUUUACUUCUUCGUUGGCUCCUUUAGACAGCGGUGGCCACGGCGACAGAAGACCCUCAAGAUGGUCCUCCAGCGGGCUCUGCAGGACGUAACCGGAGGGGAUGACAGUGAAGUCAGCAGCCCUCAGGAACAUCUGGAGAUGUCGGGAAACAGUCUGGUAUUCUGACUCAGAGCCUCCUCCGUCGGAUAAAUGGUGGCUUUGAGAGCCAACUUUCUCCCCAUCAGUUUGGAGGGUUUUCUGGACU